AUGGCGCUCGUGGAUGCGCUGUUCGACGAUGACUUCGCGUUCGCGAACGCGGGGGAGCGUGCGCGAGCGAUGAGGCGCUUGAACGAAAAUGAACGAUCGAGGACGAAGGAGAUUGGACGUCCGAGGAUCGAGGAGACGAGCCGAGGAUUUCUGAUCACGGCGCACGCGCCGGGCGUCCGAGCGGGCGACGUCAAGGCGUCGGUGACGACAAAGCGAGGCCACGCAAAGCUUCGCAUCGAUGUCGAGGGCAGUUCUUCGCCGCUUGAGCUCGGUUUACCGACCAAGUACAUCGACAUCACGGUGGCGCCCAAGGCGUCGUGCAUCGACGGCGUGCUGAGAGUUGCCGUCUUGAAGAGAACGGCGGAGACGCUCCGGGUGCCCAUCAGCUCGACACCGGACGAAGGCAUGGAGACGGACGAUGAAGGCAGCACCAUUACUCUCAGCGUCCCAGGCUUCGGCGCAGCGGACAUUUCUGUGACGUUGGAACGACCAGAGGACAGCUUGGUCGUCGAGGGCGAUUCCAAGAAUUUCGGCAAGUUUAAGAAGACGUUCAAGAACCUUCCGGCGGACAUCGAGCUGAGUCACAUCUCCGCCUCCGUGGCCCACGGCCUGCUCAAGAUCACCAUGCAAGAUCCACACGCGAUAGAUCCGAUGGACAUCGCUGUCUCCAGCUUGGAGAGCGACAUGACGACGAGUGAGUCAGCCGUCACGCUCGUUCGCCGCCACGUCCCUGGCGUGUCCGCCGACAACGUCUCGUGCAGGCUCACAGCCGACCGCAUGUUACACGUCGAGGUCAAGACCUCGAACGGUCGUGCCGCGCUCUCCACUUCCGUCUCACGAAAUGUGGACCAUAGCACGAUUCGAGCGGCGUGCGCCAACGGCAUUCUGAGCGUCGUCGCCGAACCAACGAAGACCGAGACCGAGACGCACGUCUUGCAGAUCGACGUCUCCGGCGACUCGCCUGCCGCGCUCGUUGAGGCCGCCGUCGAGGCCGCCCUACCGUCCACCGAGAAACCAACUGAGGUCGAGGACUUCGACGGUAAAAUUGAAGACGUCGCCGCCUGA